AUGCCGCGACGGAUUCGGAGAGAAGGGGAAAACAUUCGCAUCGCCAUUCAACAGCCGACACAGACCAAACCAUCGCUUCAGGUACCACGAGUUGCUUCCACUCGCCGCCCAUCUAUUCCAAUGGCUUCCAAUCGCCCUCCGUUAACCCACCAGACGCAGUCAUGGAGCACCAACAGCACGGCUCCCGGGAGACCCAGCCAUGCCGCAACGGUGUCGGGCUCCUCCUCCUCGUCUGGCCUCUCUCAGCCGAGCACCUCCAACCCAAAACGUAACGUGCUACGAAGGAAGCAGUCAUCCGUCCCUCACAAGACCCCGAGUCUGCGCCAUGAUUCGAACUCCGACUCGACUCACACGAGUUCCUCUUCGUCCGCCUCUCGAUCUCGGUCCUCGCUGGACCCAGCUGCCGGGUUUCACCUCGACCGAGGCAUCACCGAGAGUCCCACCGAGAUUCGAAUCGCGCACGUUGUUGAUCUCCCCAAAACCCAGGCACAGGCCAUCACCAUCUAUCCCGAACUCGAUCGGUACAGAGACUAUGGUGGGCGGCCCUCCAUGUCUUCAGAAGGCUCCGGGGCCGACUUCCUCCACAGGCUGGCCACACAGGACCUCCCCCCGCCGACUCCCGUCUUUUCCGGCACCAGCAGUCAACUCAGCGCAUUCAGUGCUAGUCCGUCGACCAGGUUCUCCGAGUCAACGAGUCCAGGACCGUACAGUCGCGACACGACCCCAACGUCCAUGUCGUCCCAGUCGCCGGGUCUGGUGGCCCCGAUGAGACUGCCUGUGCCGAGAGUGAGACAGGUGAGCCCUGCUGUAACACGACCGCCGGUCUCCCGAAGAGCUGGAAGCGUGUCGAAUGAGACGGAGGCGUUCAGCGCCGACCCUCACGGACUCGCCGCAGUACGCGAAUCCUUGACGUCAUCCUCGUCUAAUUCGACAGUUCGCGAAUAUGAUCGUAAGGAUGCCAAGAAACCGAAGGGGCUGUCUCCCUUGCCGCCGAGUCCUCCUCCACGCAAGUCCUCUCAAAAGUUUUCCAACAGCAAAGACAAUGACGAGUCUCCAUCAAAGGCCUCCCAAGAGCCUGUUGUGCCUGUCACGACUUCGCUGAUACCAGUUCAGUCACCCCCACGAUUGACAUCAGCCGCAUCUCCGAGGCCAACACCACCGACACGACCCAGCAGAGACAAUACCCCAGACUUGCAGUCUCAGUUGUUUGGCCCAUGGCCUGUUAUCCACAGCAACCUGUCAUCCACAUCUUUGCUGGGUGACAGGCGCGGACCGGAACCGCAAGCCCUAUCGAGAUCGACAACUCCCUUGACCUACCCGGACAUGCCUCAACAACCUUCUCGACUACCAGUUGGGGCGGGAGCCACGCCAGCUCUACCACCGGCCAACACCUCCGAGACCAAGAAGAAGAAGAGGGACGAAGGACGUGUAAUCCGCACGCCCAGCCCCAACACCUCGACGUUUUCUCGAUUCCCCUUCUUCAGCCGUCGUUCCAAGACAGCACCGGAGGUCCCCCUGAUCGACAAGAAAGACAAGCCCUCUCGCAAAGGCCCCGCUGCUGGUACUGGACAUGAGGGGUACGGACGCCUCGGAGGAAUCCGGCGGAAGAGUGGUAGUUCGACAACCAACUUGGCCCGAACGAACCUAGGACCUGGGUCAUCGCAGGACAGCUUGAACAGUACCCGGCCCACUGACACUUUCCUCCUAGAGCGAAUGAACCCGGUUGUGAUUUCUGGUGGAGAGGUCGUCGAGAACAGAAACCAGAGCUUAGACCUGUGUCGAUCAGAGAGCAACCAGAGCUUUGGCUAUGCCUCGGAAGUGUCGACGACCUCCAGAGCGGGUAGAGGCCUUGCUCCAUCGGCUAUCCCUCGAGGCCAUACCCAUCCGUCUUUGAGCAGUCGUCGUCCAUCGGAUAGCAGCGACUCCGAGGCCGUCCCCAUGAAGUCCACCUUGGCCUUUAGGCGAUCUGUCCAGCGAUUGCGCUCGUCCCCCGACCAAAGUCCCCUUAAGCUACCCCAGCCCAUCAACACGACCAGGAUCACAUCGCCGUCUAUCAACAGCCAAGACACGACUAUUCUUUCGGACGACUCGCAAUUCGAGAUGCACCGCGAAGCCAUUCGCGGCAGAAUCGCGGCAGCCACCACCACAACCCCCAAAAAGCUUACCAAGAGAGCUCGCUCACCAAGGAAGUGGAACCUCUUCAGCCGGUCUCAGAGUCAGCCGGACACUAAGAAGAAAGAGAAGGAAGCUGUGCCGGUAACCGCGACUGUCAAGGUCAUACAGCACAAGCCCGCGGCUUUCUACACGUUGAUGGAUGGCUCUGAGCAAGAAGACGCCGCCACGCAAGACGUCGAAGAGAUCCUUCGAGAGGCCGAGGUCUUUGAUCUUCCCUCCCCACAGCCCGUGUUCAAGGAAAGACGAACUUCCUCCGCCAGCCAGGAUCAGAGGAGGGAAUCCUUGAGUAGACUCCUCCAGCCGACCAAGUCAUCACAAGCUCGCAGGAACUCGGCUACUGGAGCCCCUAAAUCAACAUCGAUCCCGGCAAUUCGCUCCAUGAAACCGACGCACACGCCGCAGGGCAGCUUGUCAAAGCCAGCAGAAGCACGCCCGAGUCGCCUGCCCCAAGUGGGUCGCAUUCCCAAGGUCGUCACCUCCCGACCGGAGCAUACGUCGUCAAGGAGCUUUUCCCGUCCCUUCAAUAGAAUCAGCUUGCAAAUGCAGCCCCAGGCUGCGGGCUUUAACCCUGACUUUGUUGCUUCGGGCCCAACUCCGUCGGAUGUAUCCACUCCCGAGCUCUCCAGGGGAGAAUCUGCAGCGACCGGCGAGAAGACCAACUCGGACCCUCGCUCCUCUCUUGUACCGGAGAAGACUCCUGAGAUGAUCCAGAUUGGCAAGGAAUUCCUAGCCUUCUCUCCUCGGAAGAACUCAGAGUGCACCACGAGCACUGAUUCGAGCAGCUGCGGGAUGUAUACUCUUGCAGAUGCCAUGGCCUUCGUGCCGGACCCCAAUGCUCCGCUGGUCGAGGAUGAGAUCUGGGACGAGUACAAUGAUCUCAUAGGCGAGGUGCCGCCAUCUGCAACCUCGUCAAAGGGCGCCCCUUUCCAUCUCGAGACAUACGGGUCGCGGAUGUCCAAGAGGUCCCUCAAGCCUCUCGAGUCUCCCACCAUUGCGCCUCCGUCAAGAGCUUUGGAGAAGGCCAUCGAGGUCGACACGAGCGGUCCCACAUCCAGCGUAUACAGUGCUGAUAUGACCGAACGGCUCAAGGCUGCGUUCGCGUUGAAACCCGAAGAUGACUCGACAACCCUUGUGCCCGUCGUCGACAUUCCUGCAAGUGCCAUCGACCACGAGAGCACAGAAUUGGCGCGCAGGGCAACGGUUGCAUCGCAGAGGAGCAGCGGCUCAUCUCGAAAGUCAAGACGGUCCGAUUACAGCUAUCGGUCUUCCGAGGAUGAGUCACCUCUCUCUCAGGUCAACCUUCGCGUGGGCUCGAUGACCGUCAGCAAAUGGUUAUCCUUUGGACACGUCCUCUUUAGCCCGGCCAGGGAUCAGCUUCUGGAUGUCGUCGGCUCUUUAAAGCGUCACUCGAUCCUUGUUGUCGACGGUCUCGGGAACGAUGACUGGUCUUUCUACGCAGCAGAGACAUACCCGGCGGCCACAUUCUUCAACCUGUCACCUCGUGCACCGCUACCGGACGAGCACAAGAACUCGUCGAGCUUCCCGCUGAGUCCACCCCACCACCAUCAAAUCCAGUACCUCUCACACAUGGAUAAGUUCCCCUUCGGCGCCGAGAGCUUCACCUCGGUGGUGUACCGCUUCCCUGGCGCGGCGCCUGAGUCGCACUAUCGCAAUAUAGUCUCAGAGGCCCGCCGCGUGUUGAAGCCUGGCGGGUAUCUGGAGCUGUCCAUCCUGGAUGUGGACCUCAACAGUAUGGGAAACCGCGGGCGCCGAACCAUCCGCCGCCUCAAGGAGCGAAUCCACGAGCGGAACCCAGAUAUCAGCAUUGGUUCUACUUCUGACCUCAUCCUUCGCCUCCUCGGACGCAAAGGCUUCUCCGACGUCAAGACCUGCCGUGUUGGCGUCCCGGUCGCGAGCAUCAUCACUCGAUCGGACAGCAACAGCAAGAAGCCGCCUCUGGCAGGCUCUCGGAAGUCCAAGGAAGUCCGCAGCCUUGCCGAGAUGAUGAACGAUGACGGCGAGUCGGCGGACGAGAACAUCACCAAGAUGGUGGCCAAGGUCGGCCGCUGGUGGUACACCCGCUGCUACGAGAGCUCCGCCGGCACGGUCAACAACAAGAGCAUAUGGGCCGAUGGCGCUUUGCUCUCCGAAUGCGAGGCACUGAAGACCAGCUUCAAGCUCAUGGUCUGCUAUGCGCGUGUCCCUGAGCGGACUCGAACCGCAAGCAUUUGA